GCUGCAAAAGCCCAAGUACGUCUGGGAUGUGCUCUCUGCCCGUGGAGAUGAGAAGCCCCAGCUAGAGAGCGGUCCUCGCAUCGCUACCAGGCCUUGCCUUCAUCGUCUUUGGCUCCUCUCUGGUACCCUUGCAGCAUUGGCAGCCUCCAAAGGCUUUAGGAUGCUGGGCCCGGCUGGGUUAGGCCUGCCCACGUGAGCGUUGCGCUGCUCCCGCUGCCGGCCCACCAUGCUGCGCUCCUGGCGCGUGAAGCUGAAGCUGCUGCUCGCCACGCUCACCCUGGCCGGUCUCCUCUCCUGGCUCUACCUCUUUGUGGGCAGUCUCGAAUAUGGCCGCUUCCUGCUGCUGCCGCCGUGCCUGGGCGAGCAGCCGAGCCGCGACGCGGAGCGCCAGGCGCUGGCAUCGCAGGUGCACACGGUGGAGCAGGAGAACCGGCAGCUCCGCCUGCAGCUCGGCCGGGCGCCGGCGGGAGCCCCCGCCGAGGACGACGGCCACCCCACAGCGCAGCGCAGCAACCACACAGCCUGCCCCAAGCAGCGGACGGUGCACAAGUGCGAGCUGCUGCACAUAGCAAUUGUGUGUGCUGGACACAAUGCCAGCCGGGAUGUGGUCACCCUGGUGAAGUCCAUCCUCUUCCACAGGAAAAAUCCUCUUCACUUUCACCUCAUCACGGACUCGGUGGCUCAGCAGAUCCUCCAGACACUCUUCCAGUCCUGGAUGGUGCCCUCCGUCCACGUCAGCUUCUACAAUGCCGAGGACUUGAAGCCAGAGGUGUCCUGGAUCCCCAACAAGCACUACUCGGGCAUCUACGGACUGAUGAAGCUGACGCUUGCCAAGGCUCUGCCCUCCAGCCUCUCCAAGGUCAUCGUCUUGGACACCGACAUCACCUUCGCCACUGACAUUGCAGAGCUCUGGGCCAUCUUCGGGAAGUUCUCUGACAAGCAGGUGAUUGGGCUGGUAGAGAACCAAAGCGACUGGUAUUUGGGCAAUCUCUGGAAGAACCACAAACCGUGGCCUGCUCUGGGACGUGGCUUCAACACGGGGGUGAUCCUGCUGCUGCUGGAGCGCCUGCGGCGCCUGGGCUGGGAGCAGACGUGGCGGCUGACCGCGGAGCGGGAGCUCAUGAACAUGCUGUCCACCUCGCUGGCCGAUCAGGACAUCUUCAAUGCGGUGAUCAAGCAGGACCCGGCCCUGGUGUACCGGCUGCCGUGCUUCUGGAACGUGCAGCUCUCCGAUCACACCCGCUCCGAGCAGUGCUACACCGAGGUCUCGGAUCUCAAGGUGAUCCACUGGAACUCGCCCAAGAAGCUGCGGGUGAAGAACAAGCACGUGGAGUUCUUCCGCAACCUCUACCUGACCUUCCUGGAGUAUGACGGGAACCUGCUGCGCAGGGAGCUCUUUGGCUGCGCCAGCCUCCCCAGCCCUCCGAGCAACCAGCUGCAGCAGGCGCUGGAGGAGUUGGAUGAGGACGAUCCCUGCUACGAUUUCCGCCGGCAGCACCUCACGCAGCACCGUGUCCACCUCUUCUUCCUGCAGUAUGAGUUCUCACCUCUUACUGAUCCCACCGAUGUCACCCUCGUGGCCCAGCUCUCCAUGGACAGGCUGCAGAUGCUGGAGGCCAUCUGCAAACACUGGGCGGGCCCCAUCAGCCUGGCGCUGUACAUGUCAGACGCGGAGGCGCAGCAGUUCCUGCGCUACGCGCAGGCCUCGGAGGUGCUCAGCGCCCGCCGCAACGUCGCCUACCACAUCGUCUACAAGGAGGGCCAGUUCUACCCCAUCAACCUCCUGCGCAACGUGGCCUUGGCCAACACACAGACACCCUAUGUCUUUCUGACCGACAUUGACUUCUUGCCUAUGUACGGCCUCUACGAUUACCUCAGGAACUCUAUCCAGCAGCUGGAGCUGCCCAACAGGAAGGCAGCUCUCGUUGUGCCAGCGUUUGAGACCCUGCACUACCGCCUGACCUUCCCCAAAUCCAAAGCAGAGCUGCUCUCCAUGCUGGACAUGGGCUCUCUCUACACAUUCAGGUAUCACGUGUGGCCCAAAGGCCAUGCCCCAACUGACUAUGCCAAGUGGCGGACGGCCACCGUGCCGUACCGCGUUGAGUGGCAGCCGGACUUCGAGCCUUACGUUGUAGUGAGGCGAGACUGCCCCAAGUACGACCAGAGGUUCGUGGGCUUUGGCUGGAACAAGGUGUCCCACAUCAUGGAGCUGGAUGCACAGGAGUACGAGCUGCUUGUCCUGCCCAAUGCCUUCAUGAUCCACAUGCCCCACGCACCCAGCUUCGACAUCUCCAAGUUCCGGCUGAGCGCGGGCUACCGGGGCUGCCUGCAGACGCUGCGGGAGGAGUUCCACCAGGACCUGUCGCGCAAGUAUGGCGCCGCCGCGCUCAAGUACCUCACGGCUGAGCGGGGCCUGUGACGGCGCGCACCGCAGCACCGCAGCACUGCAGCACCGCCGCCGCUGCAGCCCCGGCAGCCGCCAGAGCCCUGCUUGAGGAAACCGAGCGCCGGCCCAGCAGGGGGUGCCAGGGGUUGAGGCGGAAGAUGCCAGCCCUGAGAGAACGGGAGGAGGCCUGUGUGUCCAAGUGUCACAGCACGGUCAGGACUCCAUGUUACAGUGUGGGGGAACCGUCUCUCAAGUCAGGGACCAGGGCGGGAUUGGUUUCCAUCACCCCAUUGCCAGGGCCUGGGACAAGGCUAAUGUGCUGGUGCUGGAGCUCUUCUACAGGUUCCCUGCAAGGUUAUUUCCAGCCUCAGACAUCUCCCUAGUAGGAAGUUUGGGCUGAUGUGGAUUCACAGCCUCCUCUGGGUCACCUCUGCCUGGGGCCUGGCUCCUGCAGGCCCCUGGGAGCUGCCCUGUUCUCCCUGGCUCUGUCUCCUUGUGGUCCCUGUUCCCAGCUCUCGGCACGGAGCCUCUGGAGCUCGCUGAGUGGGAGAAGGGGAUGUAGAACAUCCCUUUGCAUCCUUCGUUGAGCAGGGUCAGACAAGAGGGAGGUAGGGCCAGAGACAACCGUGAGUUGUGGCCUCAUGGCUCAAGCCAGGACCAAGGUGAGCUGGUAAAUAGGAUGUUCCUCCUCCUUGCCCUGUGGAGACCAAGUCUCCCAGGUGACUGUUCCCAUCCUGGUGCCAUGAGUGUGGAGCUGGGCUAUCUCUGCCCCCAGUGCAGCUCCAGGACAGGCGUGCACCGGCCUGCCGUCCUGCCUGUGGCGGGCACUACCUGGGGGCCGAAAGUGCCCAGCACGGUAUGGCUGUGACCCAAGCGUGGCCACAGCAGUGCUCGUAGAGGCAGCGUGUCGGUCCUUGUCCUCACGGCACAGCACCAACAGAGGGUUAUACCGUGGGGCUUUGUGCAGGACACCAGCCAGCUGCUCGUCACCAUGGUCAGCUUUGGCACUGUGAAGUCACAGCUUUAUGUGAAGGAAAGCAGGGUGAUGUGUUGUUGGGAGGACUGACACCAAGUGCUAUCAUCCAUCCUUGCAGGCAUGGGUGGACUCUUGCAGGCAGAGCCCAGCUUUCCCCUGCUCGUGGCCGCACGGGCGCUGCUGCAGGCUGCAGCUGGGCUCAGCAGCUGGCCUUGCUAACACAGAGCCUUGGCCCCUGCUCUGCUGCAGAGCUGACCUUAAGUGACAUUUCAGUGCUGGUGACCACUGUGGGACAAACCACUGAGCCCCCCUGCAGCCACAGGUGUGGGUGAAACAGCACCUGGGUAGGCAGAGCCACUCCGUGCAUUCCCCAGAGCACCCGGAGCCUCCUUGGCUCUGGGCAAUGCCGAUGUUGCCACUGACAAUCAGGGCUGUGGGCAGUGCUGGGGGAGACUCUAGCUGAGCGCUGUGGCUGGAUCCCUGCGCUGGGAGCAGCCGGGCCAGGCACUGCUCCACAGCUCUCACAACACUGGAGCCCAGAGGACGCAUUGCUUUCCUCACGCUAUUUAAAUUAUUUAAUACCUUUCUCAUAAGAUGUAAAUGAUUAGAUUUUUUUUUUUCAAUCCUUUCUUCCUCCCUGAUGAUUGUGCUGGUGGCCCUGGAGGAGCUCCAGGCCAGUCGCUGCUGUAGUCGCCGCUGUUCUCUUCUUAGCGCUAUUC